CCGAGCUGCACUGGAAAACAACAGGAACAGAAGCGGGGAGCAGGCGUGCGGUCGGAGAGACACAACACACUGCGCAUAUAAUCAGUGCUCAGUCAUCAGUCCUCGGUCAUCAGUCAUCGUCUUUGCUGCUUUGUGAGCCUCUGUCUUCCAGCCAUGAGUUUUGUGGACGUGAAAAAACUAGAACCCACCACCUUCGAGGAGAACUACUACGACCAGUACGAGUACUACAACCUGACUGAGCGGUACUGCGGUGGCGCGAGCCGCAAGGGCCGCACAAAACGCGAGGCCAGCUGCAACACGAACCGACACUGUCCCGCGGGGCACGAGCGCAAGAUCACGGAGAAGCUGCAGAGGUCCGAGAAGAGGGGCAAAGAGUGAGCGGGGGACUCACCAAGAUGACCCCGGACGGACAAACAUGGUAAAGGACCACAACCGCCUUGGAGAUGGACCGCAAAAUGGACAGAGAGCAGAUGCGGACUGGAGACUACAGAAGAGGCCCAUCAGAUUGAGACGUGGUGAAACAGGGUGAAGAGCCUGGCAGAUUGGAGGGUUUGGACCCAAAGAGCCGACACCGCUGCGCAGGUGGAGACGGCGACUCGAGAGCCGGACCGUCAACCUGACUGCGUAACAGAUGAGAAGAGGAGGAGGAGGAGAUGCGCUUGUCAUGGGCAAAAACAAGCCCACAUUUACUACAGUGAAAUACAUGCUCACUUUGAAAUAAACACUCUUUACACCUAC